AUGGCGCCACGGUCGACCGGCUGUGCCAAUUGUCGUAAACGAAAGAUCAAGUGCGACGAAGGCCGUCCAGGCUGCAAGAAGUGUCAGAUUCACAACACACCAUGCCCAGGAUACCGAGGCAUUAAACCUGACGGACUGGAAUGGCGCGACGAAACUCAGGCUGUGGCGAGACGUGUAGGCAUGGGAUUGAAGACCGGUUCGGGCAGCAGCAGUCCUGAACGCAAUAGCGAGUCCGACGACGGUGCUCCGCCUACCAAAAGAGUCGAGGAGUUGAGUCUGGUCGAGAAGCCUGUUGCAACCGAAUAUACGGUUAUACCACAGGCUGUCUUCAGUGCUGCAACCAAUCGCUCGCAAAUGUUUGAUGUCAGUAUGAGGUUGUACCGACCUACGACACUGGUCGAUCAGCCACUGCGUGCUCACAUAUCCGACUUUUCAUGUUUGCAGAAGACCAUCACUUCCAAGUCUUCACCGGCAUUGCUUGCAGCUGUUGAUACGAUCAGUUUGUUGCAACUUGGUGUGUCUUAUCAGGACAAGGCUUUCUUCGAACACGCUCGUCGGAGGUAUGGGCAGGCGCUGACAGCAUUGGUGGUUGCACUCAACAAGCCAAAUGUGCUUGGCAACAACGAUGUUUUGGGUGCCAUGAAGCUACUCGAAUUUUGCGAGGUAAAUCAUCUCAUCUCGGUCCGCAAUGAUGGGGAUUUCGCUGACACAAAUGUUAAGCUGUUCCAUCCUGUAGCACAGCAAGGAAGCUGGAUCAGCCAUGUGAACGGAGUGGAGAACUUCUUAUUGCAGCGAGGACCUGUUCCACUGGUAACAGAACUUGACAACAUGCUGUUCUUCCACGCUAGACACUCUUCCGUAAGCGUCCUCGACGAUACCUCUAUUGCUGUUACUGACGGGUGCAAGAUUCUCCAAGGUGUUCUCAAACGCAAGGCUAUCAUCUUUGCGGAGCCAAGGUGGAUGGAGGUCACUCGGAAUACGCCUUACACAGAUUCGUCCCCUCGUCUAUUCGACGUUUUAAUACACAUACCAGGGCUUUUCGAGCGGGCUGACAACUUGAUUGCAAGUGGUAAACCUACCUAUCUCAACGGUGUGGUUGCAGAUUUGGUCACUGCCAUCGAGCAACUCCAAGAGUGGGAAAUCGAGUCGCACGCCGAGCUAAAGCAUCCUGCCUUUACGAACGUUGACAUAUCGAGGUUCAAAAGGUUCACACGAUUAUGCCACAACAAGACCUUCCCACUGGCCAUCGACUUCCCUGAUUUCCUUACCGGAUAUCUACAGUCGAUAUAUUGGCUCUAUCUCUUUACCAUUGAGCGCACGCUUCAGGACAUCUUGAUAAAGUACCCUGGUAGCAAAUGCACCUUCUCGCUGGACGAAUUGAAUAAGCGAAUCCUUCAAAUCGCCAUCUACAUGUGUCAGAUGAUGCCAUAUUUCUGCGAUCCGGAUGCUUCGUCAAUGGGCCGCUUUGCCACCUUUAUGCCGUUGGUGUUUGCUCUCAAAUACUUCGAAGCGCGUGGAAUGAAGGCGCAACAGGGUUGGUGCCAGGACGUUACCGAUGCCAUGUUCAACGAUGGUAUCAAUCCGCCAUGGAAGUUGGAUCUGGCCAAGGGAUUGAAGCCAGGCGAGAAGAAGCAGAUCACUCAGUCAUAA